AUGAAGCACUUCCAGCAGUUCUUCAUGAACAACUCCACUUGGCAAGCUACGAUCGGUGGAGGCACCCUUCUCAGUGACGUGACCAAGCGUUUGCAUGAGAAUGGAAACCGUGCGAUGGCACAUGGCACCUGUCCGCAGGUUGGCAUUGGAGGACAUGCAACCAUCGGUGGAUUGGGCCCAAGCAGUCGUAUGUGGGGUUCAGCUCUCGAUCACGUUGAGGAGGUCGAAGUCGUACUCGCCAACUCCACAGUUGUUCGCGCUUCUGAGAAAGAAAAUCCGGACAUCCUGUUCGCUGUGAAGGGUGCCGCAGCAGGCUUCGGUAUUGUUACAGAGUUCAAAGUGCGCACACAAGCCGAGCCCUCGGAGACUGUUCUCUACACGUACAACAUCCAGGGCGGGUCCAGUGCGGAUAAAGCCGAAGCGUUCAAAAAGUGGCAAGAACUUAUCUCUGACCAGACCCUCUCACGCAAGUUCGCCAGCCAGUUUAUCCUCACCGAGCAAUUCGGCACUAUUGUCACUGGCACCUUCUUCGGAUCACAGAAGGAAUAUGACAGCCUCAACAUCUCGAGCCGCCUGCCCAACAGCGACGAUUCAGUUGUUGAGCUUAAGGACUGGCUAGGCGUAGUUGGCCAUUGGGCAGAGGAUGUUGCACUUGACAUUGUUGGGGGUGUUUCGAGCAAUUUCUACGCCAAGUCACUGGCCUACACAGAGGAUGAUAUCAUCCCGAGUGAUGGUGUCGACAAGCUGUUUGCCUACGUCGACAAAGCCGACAAGGGCAACGCCAUCUGGUUUAUCAUCUGGGAUCUGGAAGGUGGCGCCAUAAACGACGUUGCGCCGAACGCCACUGCAUACGGCCACAGGAACGCACUGUUCUACCAUCAGGCAUAUGCUGUAAAUCUCUUCGGGAAGAUCGGUGACAAAACGAAGAAGUUCCUGACGGGUUUUAACGAUGCUGUCACUGAUGCGCUGCCAGAUCACGACAAGGGUGCAUAUGCCGGUUAUGUAGAUCCAGCAUUAGGUGAAAACAGUGCGAGUCUGUACUGGGGUGGAAAUGUGGAAAGGUUAGAGAACAUCAAAGCGCAGGUCGACCCUGAUGAUGUGUUCCACAAUCCACAGAGCAUCAGGCCGGCACACCGAUCAGCGAAGCUGCGAGCAAAGACCUGA